AUGUGUCGGUCUCAAUACAUUUCCUCCAUUGUGUGCUGCCUCCUCUUUGUCGCAGUUGUCAGGCCGACUGACGACAUGCCGUCUGUGCAUUCUGAGGGAGCAAACCGAUACUUGACAAUAAGUUAUGCCUUCCAGAGAAGCCACUUGACGCCCUCCAGACAACAGCGCAAUUGCCAUUCAGAGACAGAGGUCGGUGAUGACACUUGCACGCCACCGCUUGAGCUGGCCUCCUCCUUCCAGGCCGACAGUCCAGUUUUGCAGAGCCUAUCUUUCCCUCCGAAGAGAUUGGGCUCAAGUGAAGCUGGAAUGGAGGUGAAAAGAGACUCGCCGGCUUUGCAAACUUUUCAUGAGACGGACCGAGCAUCGCAAACUUUCGUAGAAAGCAGGUGCUUGGUCAUUGAAGAACGGGCUCACAGAGCACGCAGACAAAUCUCCUCAAAACGCCUCGAUGUACAGAAUAUCUCAGUCAGCCAGAACGAUGACUCUGAGUUGGUCAUGUCGACCGAGUUUCCAAAGACAUGCUCACAGGCGCACUCGAGAAGUGUGAGCCUUGAAGUUGGUGACGAGCAGAAGUCGUUGCUAGGCCAAGCAAUUUGUGAGCGAAAACAAGGUCUCGGAUGU